AGCUAGCCAGGAGGCACCAGAGAAAUGUUAGGCUCCUUGUUAAUUUCAAAAGGGAGCUAUCUGGCCAAAUGUCUGGUUCGUGGCUUAUGCCUUCCAGGCUGGGACUCCUCUGGCCUAAGGGCUGCUCACUGCAUCUUUAAAAGGCCUGCAUACUAGCAGGACACCUUGUCAUGGACAGGUUGCUCCUGUCUUCACCAGAGCACUGGCCUUUGGAGAUAAAAUUGCCAUUGUUGACCAACAUGGAGAGCACUCCUACAAAGAUCUGUACGCUCGAAGCCUCCAUCUAUCCCAGAUGAUCUGCAAGACUCUCGGGAACUCAGGCGGAGACUUGAAGGGUGACGGAUUUCAUUUUUGUGCCCCAAUGAUGCUUCCUAUGUAACUGCACAGUGGGCUUCAUGGAUGAGUGGAGGCACAGCUGUGCCUCUUACAGAAAACACCCUGUGUCAGAAUUGGAGUAUUUCAUCAAGGACUCUCAAAGUGCUCUCCUUGUUGUAGAGGAAGAGUAUGUGGAGAAGAUCACUCCUAGCGCUGAGAACUUGGGGUUCCUGUGCUUUCGCUUCCCAAAUCUGGGAGAUGUGGUUCAAAAGUGGAUGUGUCCCUUCUCGAAGCCAGUUGUCCCAUUUCAGAGUGGAAGGGCAGGGGUGCCAUGAUCAUUUACACAAGUGGCACAACUGGGAGACCCAAAGGUGUCCUUAGCACCCAUCAGAAUGUCCAAGCUGUGGUCUGGGAGGCAUUUCUGAAACCCCAAGCUCCCCGGGUGAAUGUCUUCAUGGCAGUGCCCACCAUUUAUGCCAAGCUGACGGAGCAUUAUGACAAGCAUUUCCGACAGCCUCACGUCCAAGAUUUCAUUCAUGCUGUCUGCCGGGAAAAUAUCAGACUGAUGGUGUCAGGGUCUGCAGCCCUCCCAGUCCCUAUCCUGGAGAGGUGGAAGAGCAUCACUGGGCACACGCUGUUGGAGAGAUACGGGAUGACGGAAGUUGGGAUGGCGCUUUCAAACCCGCUCCAUGGCCCUCGUAUCCCAGGGUCGGUGGGGAUUCCACUGCCCGGAGUGCAAGUGCGCAUAGCCUCGGAAAGCUCGCAAAAGGAAGGCCCUGCCUACACCAUCCAUGCUGAGGGCGAUGAGAAUGGCACAAAGGUGACCCCAGGUUUGGACGACAAAGAAGGGGAGCUCUUUGUGAAGGGGCCUACGGUAUUUCUGGAAUACUGGAACAGACCUAAGGAGACCAGGGAUGCCUUCACUCCUGAUGGCUGGUUUAAAACAGGUGACACCGCUGUGUAUAAGGCAGGCACCUACUGGAUCAGAGGACGGACCUCAGUUGACAUCAUCAAAAGUGGCGGCUACAAAAUCAGUGCCCUGGAAGUCGAGCGCCACCUGCUGGCCCACCCCAGCAUUGCUGAUGUGGCUGUGAUUGGUGCCCCGGACAUGACGUGGGGUCAGAAGAUCAGCGCUGUGGUCAGGCUGCAUGAGGGCCAGGCACUGUCUCUCACGGAGCUGAAGGAAUGGGCAAGAGAGUUCAUGGCACCUUACACCAUCCCCUCUGAACUGCUGGUGGUGGAGGAGAUCCCGCGAAACCAAAUGGGCAAAGUGGACAAGAAGCAGCUUCUCAAGCAUUUCUACUCCGCCUAGCGAUGGGCGCCGGGCGGGAGUCACGCAGAACGGGGAGGCUUCGUGACAACACCCUUGCAUGGAAAUGUGGGGCAGCAUGGUGAGGUUUUUCCAAAAGUGUGACUGAGUGCUCUGUUUUCCAACUCCCCGGUGCCACCCUUGCGUGUUGACAAGUCCUUAUCUCAUGAUGAGUAAGGUUGGACAGGAUCUGCAAUUUAUUUUCUUAACUUGUGAAUCAACGUCUCAUAAAAUCUGGCUUUCUUCUUGCUCA